AUGUGGACAGAUUUGCCAAAUGAUCGUGCAAGUACACCGAUUAAAAAACGUUCAUUAUAUAAUGGACCUCGAACAUCAACACCAAAAUCAAAAAUUUCAAUUCAUCGAUCAAAAAAAAAGAAAAAACAAAUUGUUAAUAAUGAUUAUCGUCUUCUUUUUUAUGGUCAACAAACAAAAACUAUUCAUAAAAAAAAACAUUCAAUUAUUCAAAUAUGGUUUUUGUAA